GCCUGACAAUGAUAGGUAUCGGAAGACUAACAGCUGGCGCUCAGCCACACUACUUAUCUUAACACCCUUCGCAUUAACUUUUGAGUCCAUCAGCAUUUAGAGAUUGUCCCGUACUCAUGGGAGAUUAAAAAGUUCGAAAUUGGGCAAUAAGAGAUGCAUGCACUAUUACGGAUAAAACAAAAGAAGCAAUUAGUCGAUAUAUAUUAGCAUAGAGACAAUGCAUGUUGAUCUAAUUUGAGAUUAACAAUGUGUGGAUUCAUAAUAAGGUUGAAGAUAGUCUGAACACAGACAAUGGAUCAAAUAAACUUGACCAAAGCUGAGAGCUUGGACAUUGGCAACGAUCGCGUGUUAAAAGAUCAACUUUCCACCAAUCGAAAUAAAGUCGCAGACACACUCGCACUUCCAGAGAAAACGCGGCAAACACGACGGCAUUCUCUAAGCACAUCUCAGCAGUUCAACUUUUUAACUUUGCCUUUUCCAAACAUCUUGCCUAAAUCAGAAACUCAAGGGAGAAACUCCGGUUUGACUGGAAAAUCGUUAUCCCAGCUCAAUUUACCCGACCUUCUGCAAGAUUCCGCGGUUAUCAAAAGGAGCGCCCCCGUGCGACAGCCGCUGUUCCUUCCACCGCCCCCUGCCGCUCACUUGCCACCUUCUCUGCCCUCAAGGCCACCUGCAGGAACGCCAUGGAUGAGACCGCCUUCUUCCUUGUCUUUCCGGCCUGCGGACUCAACGCAGUCUUCCCCAGGGACAACCCCACUCCACUUGGGAGUAAAGGAGGGCGUUCGUAACAGUCCCUCCCAGCCUAACCUGCUUUUUAGAUCUUGUGGAACAAUCAAAAUUGAAGAACCAUCAACUCGCUCUUUCAAACUAGCGCCACAUAUUGACAGGAGUACCGCAAUGAAGGUUGCCUUACCAGAGCCGACUAAACCACCAGCAAAGCCAGAUGUAUCGGUAUCUUGUGAUCGUCUGAUUCCAUCAAUACGACUACAUUCUUCCAGUUCAAGUUCACUAGCUUCGAGCACAACAGAUGGCGAGGAGGAGACGUCGGGAAAAGAGGUGCCUACGCAGCAGCAGGAUCUUAGUGACAAGGAAAACCUCGCGUCAAAGACUCCAUUGGAAGGCCACCAAGAGCUAGAUCUAGUGCAGACAAAGUCUAAAGCGGGAAGGCUGUUGAAAAAGGAUACUGUUGACGAGGUCAGACCAAAUAUUAUACCACCUGAAAUCAGCUCUUUGCGUCACUCUGCAUUGUCCGUCGCUGACAUCAUCACCAGUGCUUUGCUGAUUUACAGAAAAUCCCAAAUAGCCAUAACGAAGAGCAAGAACAAGCCCGGAAGCUUCAAAUCCGGCUACAUCAAACCUCCACAGUGUUUUCAUUGUGACCGGAACUUUGGUCUUUUUUGCGCCAGCAUAUCUUGUUCCAGGUGUAAGAAAUCCUUUUGUGAGAGAUGUGUCCAGAAGAAACUGGUUGAUUCAAACGAAACUGGUCACGUGACGUCUGGUGCAAACAUACUUUGCAUCUUGUGCAUUGGAGAACUUGAACGGGAAACGUCAAGGGGAGUCACUCGAGGGCUUUGGUCUGAAUUUCAGAAGAUGAGAACAGAAGCGAAAGUCAGAUCAGGACAACCUCUGCCUCCUGCCAACACCCUCAAACAAAUAGAAUUACAAGAUAUACGAGAUUUAACGCCAGGUCUGCAUCAACUGUGUCUCCGAUUCCUGAAAGAGCUUCACCGCCAGUUAGCCAGACAAAAGAGACAUUCGUUCUUUAUCAGCUACCUACAGACUGACCUCGCGGACCAGAGAACUAUGAAGACCACCAAGAGAAUCAAAGACUGUCCUUCCUGUGGACAACAGCUCAGACUGCUGCAGGACAUCAUGGAGUGUAAUCUAUGCCAGCAGUUGUUCUGCAGUGAAUGCACCUAUCCCACAUUGCAGCUCUACCUCCCUUCCGGAACUGAGUUGAACGAAAACCUUCAAGUCAAACAAAUUAAAGUGCACGUAUUGGCCUGCCAACAGGAUGAGGUGAGCAGCAUAGAGGCCAGUGAAGUGUACAGAGUGUGCGAGGCGUGUGAGACGCUGGUGCAGAGAAAUACAGACAUCAUUGAGUUCAACCACAGCAUUCAAGACAUAGAACAAGAGAUGUUUGAUUUGCAGAGACAGAUAGACGACGCUUUGUCUUAUAAUCCGUUAAUGUUGCGGUCAAGGUCAACUGCCACCCUCAAUAGCUUAACAAGAGAUGAUGAAAUGACGACAAGCAUCAAAAUGGCGAACAAACUUUACGAGCGCUACACGCGGCAAUACGAGAGCCUUGACCACAUGUCGCCUCAGACUCCAGGCCAGAAGAUCCUACACAAGCACGUGAAACAGGCGAUGUACGAGUUUUAUCUGAAACGACGAAAUCAGCUUCGUUCUUCAUUGCGUCUACGAGAUUCUCGCUCUAGUCUGAUGGAAUGAUUGUUUUUCAAUUGAUUCUUCUAGGCUCCCAAAAAACAUUUUUCUGUUGACUUCCUUUCUAUUUGGAGACGGUUGCUGGAUGACCAAGUCUCUAGUACAUUUACCUUUUAUUAUGCACGAUCAUUUGUUAUAUUACAUGCCGUACUAGAAUAUCACUGCAAAUGUUAUUGAGAGAUGUUAUCAAAGAGAGAAAGGCUUGACUUGUUUUGGA